AUGCUUUCUCAUCUACGACCGGCUCCCAACUUACUUUCACUAUUAUUCACUGUUUUUCUACUAAUACUCCCAUCAACACAUGCUAGACCCACAACAACAACAUCAGACGAAGUUGAGCCCACGCCUUCAUACAUUGUGGACAUAUUAUCAUCAGAACCACAGUUUUCAUACUUUUUACGUCAACUACAAAGAAAUGGAAUAAUACCGCAAUUAAACCUUUUGCAGAAUGUAACCUUGCUAGCGCCCAUAAAUCUGGCAUUUGUGGAAAGAACGGGCCCCCAUAAUCCUUGGCAAGAUGACCAUUUGCUACGUUAUAUUGUAAAUCAAGCAGUUUCCAUUGGUAACCUCACUAGUGAAGAAGCCAUAUAUGAUACAAUGUACAACAAGACUGAAGGCAAAUCAUAUCCCAUUAAGAUCAAGCCAGACGUUGAUGGAUAUGUGAUUGAUGACUUGGCUACUAUAGUCGAGGAAGACAUGUAUGCAACACGUCAAAGGUCAUACAUCCAAGUGAUUGAUAAACUAUUACCGAUAAAGCAGACCAUGUGUGAUUUUUUGCUCAAUACUGAGGAUGAGAGGAUAUCUAUCGUUCGUCAAUUAUUUAGACUGGUUUUCCAAGAGGAAGGAGACGAGUCCAUAACAAAAGCAAGGAAGAAGAAAAAGAAGAAUAAAAAAAAGAAACCACAACAACUUCCCGGAUCGUGUGCUGAGUUCCUUCGUGAUGUGAAAACGGUGGUGGUUCCAAGCAAUGAAGUUUUCAAAAAAUCAUUGGACAGUCUCCAGCUAAAGUAUUACUUGGUGAAUACUGAUAGCGCGGACUUUGACACUACCGAAGGAGCCGAACACGAAAUCAACUCAGAUAUAGUCCUGCUUUUGAAACACCUCAUGUUUGGGGAGUAUAUUGGUGGUGUAAACGGAACUAAUAGAACUGUCCAUUCCUUGGUUGGACAAAAACACAGAUUCCAAUUUCAAGAGGGAAACAUUACCAUUUCUCAUUUCUCCACCAAUCAAUCUAUUGCUCUAGCUGAUGGGUUGCUACAAAUUUUCGAAACCGGUGAGCAAUUCUUUCAAGUGUUGGAUAUACCCACUGCUGAAAUGAUUGUUAGAAAAGCUUUGUUUGCCCAUCACUAUUCAAACGUUGUUAAAGAAUUGAAAUUUAGACUGUUGGAGACGUUCAUUGAUGGAUCUUCGGUAAACCAAACGAUACUUGUUGAUAUUGACCUGCGUGACGAUGUCAGUGAUGAUGAAAUAAAGUCGAUGUCGUUCAGUUCAAAGCAGGAACUUAUGUACCACUUUAUUGACGAGAACCUCGAUUUCAAUGCCACUUCUCAUAUCUUGGCAAACACUCGAUUAUGUUCAAAAAAGAAGCUAGGAGGCUGCUACAAGAUGAAGGUGACCAAAGAGCAAGUUGAAGAUAGGCCAAAGUAUCUCAUUGACGGAGGAGCUGAAGUCGUUGAAACUGUUUCAAUAUUGAACAAUAGUCAAAUAUUCAUUACAAAGGACGAAAUCUCGACACCUGUCAACUUGAAGCACUCGUUGGGAGAUUUAAUGUCCAAUGGAGCCUUGCCGCCGGUAGAUACAUUGGAGAUUGACCGCACUGGAUGUGUACGUACUUUGAGAUACUUUGGUUCUUUUGAUAUGUUGUCAUUGAAGGACAAUGAGCAAGGGUAUACAAUUUUUUUGCCUUGUGGUAUGACAGAAAACCGAGUUGAUGAGGGUUUAUGGAAGGAGCUUGGUCUCGUAUUGGAUUAUCUUGAAGCGAAUCCAAUUAUAUUUAAAAACAUAAUUCGUGGCAUGUUUUUGAAAGACACAUUAUACAGUAAUUUCCAAGGCUCAAGGACGUUUAAGGACAUUGACGAUGGUGCAAUAAAAGUGAGAAGCUUGGGUGGUGGAGAGGAAUACAACCCUGUUGAACUAGACAAUGAUUAUGUUUUCAACUUACCAUUAAACUCAGACGUUUUGUUUAGUCAAGGUGUGAUACAUGUGGUGAACAAGGUAAUUUUGCCGCAUGAUUUCUAUAUCCCUAUAAAUGACUUGAUUGCAACGACGUUUGAUGCCCUGUUGCCGGAAUUUUCCAUUACACACUUACUCGAGAUUUUUCCUCAUAUUAAAAAAUCGUUGAAGGGAAAGAAGCCAUAUUCUUUGAUCGUCCCCCAACCCGAUUCCUUGAAAGAUUUCAACAUCACUAAAUCGUUCUCAGAUUUGUACAAGUUUCUUCAAUUUCAUUUGAUACCGAAUGGGGAAGUGCAUAAACUAGUUGACUGUGCGUUGGGGAAAGAUGUGACAGACGUGAUACAAACAAAUUUGACUCGCGGUGGACUCGUGUGCAAGCAUACACUGAAGAAAGGUCAAGUAUUGCUUCAAUUGCAUAAAAUGAACGAUACAGAGCCCCUAGUGGGCUCUGCAUACAACAAAAACCAAGAAGUGAAACUUCUUUCGCAUGGAUGCACGCAGCAAAGAAAUACAACCAACCGAGUUUGUGUCUUUUUAAUCGACAAACCAUUGAAUUUACAGUGGUUCAAUAAAAAGUCAAGCAACUUUCUCCAUAUUCAUUUGGGGGUUGUAAGUCUUGGUGUUGGUAUAAUACUAGGCUUGAUGAUUUUUGGCGGUGUAAUGAUUGGACUAGUUUUGUUCAUGGGUAGAAAGAAUCGACCACGCAGGAAAUCCAGCCAUGGUGAUGAUCUACCACGAGCUGAUUCCGGAUUUAUGAGCGUGCUCACCGAUGACGAUGAUUUUAUGCCGUACGAUAGAGGUUAUGAAACUGACGUUGAUGUGUUGCGAUCGGAAACUGAAGGUUUGUUUCCUAGUCUGAAAAAGAAGCGCAAGAUUAAGCAUAUUGAUUAUGGAUCAACUCGAUCAUCUGAUGGUAAUAAGGAGAAUGAUCCUCCAAUUACGCUUCCACGUGAUAUUGGUAGCAUUAAGCAUAACUUGUCCAGGGAGAGAAACUUACCAGGAGUGUCCCAAUUUUGA